AUGGAAUUAGGUGAAGAAGAACUAAAAGCAACUUUAAAAGAAUUUAUAACAGAAACAGACUUCCAAGAAGUCGAUUUUCAGAAAUUUGAAGAAAUUAUCUGCCCCAUCCCUAUUAAAAACAAACAAUGGGCCGGAGAUGCUAUCCUUGACACACUUUUUGACACUGCUGAGGUACAGAUGAAGGAUGAUGGGGAUAAGAAGGUGCUCAAAAAGCUGAAAAAAAUAGUAUGAGAGGGAGUUAAAUUUACUCAGGAUAAAUCAUAUGGAAAUAUCGCAAAUGAUCCAUGCACAUUGGUGCAGGACUCCCUCUUUUUCCCUAGUCAAGAGAAUGUUAAAACUUUGUGAAGACAUAUAGAGUCUGCUAAAAGGAAUCUCAAAAUAUGUGUAUUCACAAUUACAGAUGCGAAUAUUUGAAACUCUAUCAUAAAUAGACAUGAAGAAGGAAUCAAAGUCCAGGUUAUAACUGAUGAAGAGUGUUCCCAGAAUGAAGGAAGUGUUAUCGGAAAACUUGCUGCCAAAGGAAUUGAUGUCAGAACAGAUAACUCCAUCCGGAACCACAUGCAUAAUAAGUUCUGAAUAAUCGAUAACAGCAUUCUUUGCACCGGCUCAUUUAACUGGACAGUCCAGGCAGGAAAAAGAAACCAAGAGAAUAUUUUAAUCACCGACUAUUCUUUCUUCGUUCAUGAAUACUUGGAGGAAUUUGAGAGGCUCUGGGCACAAUUUGCUGAUAACAUCUUCGAAUUUAAGGAAUUUAAAAAACGAGGAAGGAAAAGAAGUAGGAGGAAGAAAUCAUAAAUA